AUUUGGACAUUCAGUGUAGUGGUUGUAUCGCUAGUAAAGCUAGUAAAUUAGGGUUGCUUUCAAAUGAAAGCAUUUGCAACUUGCUUUUUAUGAGCCUCGUCGCACUCCGAUUUCUACGUCCUGAUCACCGAAUUCCGAAUUUCGAGGAAAAUGACUUUCGAUCUGAACGUUUUUGUGAGCGGUGGGUGUGCCGGCACUGCUGUGGAUGUCACCCUCUUCCCACUUGACACAAUCAAGACACGUAUGCAGUCAAAGCAAGGUUUCAAGGCAGCCGGUGGCUUCAACGGUGUCUACGCAGGCCUGGGUCCAGUCGCUCUAGGAUCAGCACCAGGAGCUGCCGUGUUUUUCUUCAGCUACGAAUCAUUCAAAUCAUUAUGUGAGCCAAGAGCAGGAGAACGCUACUUGCCACUGGUGCACAUGUCUGCUGCUUGUGUUGGCGAAGUUACUAGCUGUGCCAUCCGAGUGCCCAUAGAGGUCAUCAAGCAACGCGCACAAACCAACAGUGCCAUGUCUAGUGUUAGCAUCCUGCGAAAUGUCAUGGCUCAGGAUGGAUUCCGUGGUCUGUACCGUGGCUAUAUGGCAACCGUGCAAAGAGAGAUUCCAUUCUCCGUACUACAGUAUCCACUAUGGGAAGGCAUGAAGCGAACCUGGGCAAAUUAUCAGGGAUCGGCUCUCUCCGGAUGGCAGUCAGCGCUCUGUGGAGCACUCGCUGGUGCAUUUUCAGCUGCUGUGACCACUCCACUCGACGUUGCCAAGACGAGAAUAAUGCUGGCGCCAAAAGGCAGCGUUGAAGCCAAGGGCCAUAUGCCUACGGUGGUACGACUCGUGUACAGGGAAGCUGGCCUAGCAGGGAUAUUCGCUGGCGUUAUACCGCGCGUGUGCUGGAUUGGCAUCGGUGGCUUUGUGUACUUUGGUGUAUACGACUCGCUACGCAACUUCUUCCACCAGCGAGAUACCUGAAUUGUGCUUCUCUUACCAUACAAACCUUGCACACCUUCUGGCAGAUUCCAGGACCCAGGAGCUGAGUACCUGACCAUAUUACACCAACAGUCGGACAUGGACACUGGUCUCAUCACAAUUCCAGGGCUCGUUGGUUGUAUCACACCCACCGACAUCUUGUUGGAAGCCAGCAGAUACUGGCAUGGCUGUGCCGUGAUCGCUGCAUCUGUUUCACGAAUUUGCCAUGUGUCUGGAUGGCAAGCGUACCGGGAGCAUCGGUUCUGUAUUCUCUCCCCUUGUACGGAGCUAGGUGUGUCACUUACAGCCAUGCUGAAUAUAGGGACCACCAUUGGCAACAAUUGAGCUUGCGUGAUCCCGGGAUCCUUCCCAAGCUGCUGAGUGAGCUGCAGGCUGUCGUGGCCUUCCUGUCCUGGCGUCCGCCUCGCUACGCUUUCACGACGUUUAUUUAUUCCUAUUUUUUUAUUUCCUAGCCAGUUUGUUCAAUGGAGUACCACUGGUUUAUGCCACGUGUAUGGUGGUAUCUUUGCCCAAUGAACAUGGCAUGCCGGCAUGCGGUUCUACUCACACCAUGGUACUGUCUCCAGCCAACGCCAGGCACUGGCACUGUACGUUGAGAUUCACACAGUCCAUGCUGUGAGCCGAAACUCUUUGAUCCUGGUGAUUGCAUGUGCAGUGUCGGCAAUGAGCAAAGGCAAUUGCCGAGCAACAAGUUGGAAGUUCCAGCGGCAAAUUAUUUUUUCAAGUUUCUUAGCUGUUUGUUUAGGUAGCGUUCUCUUCAGUUGUGACAAUGGCCAUCUUUAUUCUGAAUUUCGUGGACGUCAAAAAUAAUAAUACCUUGCCACUCAACUGAAAAAAAGGUUUAUUACGGCGAUUGCAAGG